AAAAGAAGCUGCAAGGAAGUGUUUCUAUUUCGGGGAUAAAGUUAAAUUUUAUUUUUUGAUUAAAAUCCUUGCAUAUCGGUAUAAAAUCCGCAACUCACUCGUUGUAUAUAAGAUGCAAGAAUGCAUGAACAAUUGUAUAAAGUUCAAUGUAAAUAGUAAAAUAUAGAAAUUGGAACAAAAAAGUCAAAAGUCUAGUGAUUUCUAUCCGUAAAAGAUUGCAUUGUAUGCGUGUGUGUGUUAUUUACGUCUCCAUUGACAUGACGUAUAGCAAUACGUAAUAUCAAUUCAAAGUGAAAAUUUAUUCUUCUUCUUAUUCGCGUAAUAAUUUGUUAUUUUUAUUUACAAUUCCUUUAUUCUAAUUACAUUUGCAUCUCCUUAAUUGAAUUUGGAUAACAACGAAAUUCCCAGUAACACAUGUCGCCAAUGACAACAAAACCAAUGUAAAAUAUUAAUAAUCAUAAAGCAUGUACAAGUCAAUGUGCAAAAACAAAAUGUCAGCGCAGAAGUCAUGAAGUGAAUGCUAAUAAAAAAAUAGUGUUGGAAUAAUUUGUGUAUAUGCAUAUUUAUUCAAUUCCUGGGUGAAAAGAAAGAUUUAAAUCCCAGCAAAGCCGGUUCGGCUGUUUUACUGGCAUACUAGAUUAUAAAUCACAUACAUAUUGAAUCCUUAAGAAUGAAACAGCUGUUUUGCUGCAGACAAGUGCCUAUGAUGUCGACGAUAUCAACAACUACACAGCGCCAGCUCAACUAACAACAACGGCACACAUUAUUUUAUCCCCUAAUUGACAGCGAGUCCCCUGUCAAGGUUAUCGGGACAAACUAAAGAGUUAAGAAGAACAAGCAAAAAGUCACUAUAAUCGAGCGGGUAGAACGGAGGCAUAGUCGAUGUGUUCACGCAUUAUAAAUGCCAACAUUUGCAAGAAUUUACUAAAUUGAGUGCAAGUGUGUGUCAACAAGAGAGAAAUAAUAGUUGCGAACGAGAACCAGAUUACACAAAUGUAAAGUGAACGCUGGUUGGUUUCUUAAGACAGUCAAAACAAAACAAAAAGUCAAAGUGUGAUAGCAUAUGUGAUCUUAAAAAAGCCUAAUAGGAUUUUAAUUCUAAUUUGAUUUUAGCUUAUUAGCAGAAUCAAUAACUAAUUCGAUAGCAUAUUGAGAACAAGUGUUACAUCUACAUUACACUUACAGUCGACUAACUGCACGUUACACAAAUAAUGAGAAAGGGCAGUACAAGGACAAACACUAAGCGAAAGUCAUACUGAAAGUUAAAAGUAAGCAACAACAAGACAACACAACUGUUUGGCGGCCCCAUUGAAAUGGAUACACAGCAAGUAAUGUUGUUGCCACAGCCGCAACAGGCAUCGUCUUUAACGGCAACUGCGACAUUGCAACAAGUGAUGCCGACGUCUCUGAACCAACAUCCACAGCCGCCCAAAUGUGCAAUCUGCGGCACAACCCAGAAACUAUUGCGUUGUGCCAAAUGUAAGUGCAUCUACUAUUGUUCCACAGACCACCAGCACCGUGAUUGGGCAACACAUAAACUGGAGUGCAGACAACUGGCGAAGCAAAGGCAAAACAAUCAACGCAUGCAACAGCUGACCAAUGGAUGUAGUGCCAUCAAUAUAAACUCGAAUUUCACAUCCUCUAGCAAUUCACAACUGAACACCGCUUCCGGUAAUGCAUCGUGGAAUUCGUGGCCCACCAACUAUCCCAAUCUCGGCAAUAAUUUACAAUAUUCACAAAAUCCAGACGGGUCAUUAAUUUUGGGUACAAAUGAAAAUGAAAUAAUGCACACCAAGGCCGAGACAGUGACACAGAAUUCCAAUUCGGGUGAAUACAUGGGUAAUUUUGUAAAUUCAACAACAUCCAAUCAGCUGCACGCUAUGCAAGGCGGAGGACCACUAACUUAUAAUAAUGCAGCGGCGAUUGUGGAUAAUAAUCAACAAUUGGCGGGUAUGACAUCGUAUUAUGGGAAUGCGGAAUCCCAACAACAAUCACAAUGUCAAUUACAACAACAACAGCAACCAUAUUCCGUUCCAAUUGAAUGUCAACAAAAUAUAAUGCAACAACAACAGCAGCAACAAAUGUACGUGCCUACACCUGCUCCUCCCUCUCAACCGCAUCAACAGCAAAUGCACCAACCAAUGCCACAGUUUAGCAAUCAUUUGGUUAAUCAACAUGAGAAAAGUUCGAGUUAUCAAAUUGGAGCUGCAAAUGUUGGUGAUAAUUUUAUUGAAGACAUCAACGAACGGCGAUAUGAGGAAUUGUGUCGUAACAUCAUCAAUGACAUGAAUCAAUAUGGCCUUUCGGUUGUGGAUGAUUUCCUAGGGCGAGAAAAGGGCAUGCAAAUACUCAACGAGGUGCUUAAUAUGUACUCCGCCGGCGUUUUUAAGGAUGGUCAAUUAGUCAAUAAUUUCAAAUCCGACCAAGACCUUAAAACGAUACGUGGUGAUAAAAUUACCUGGGUCAAAGGUGUUGAGCCCGGCUGCUCAAAUGUAGGCUUUUUAAUUAAUCAAAUUGAUGCGGUGAUUUGUCGUGCAAAUGCCAUGAGAAAUAAUGGCAAAUUGGGCGAUUACGUUAUAAAAGAAAGAACUAAGGCCAUGGUUGCAUGUUAUCCCGGCUCUGGUUCCCACUAUGUCAUGCAUGUCGAUAAUCCAAACAAAGAUGGCCGGGUUAUAACUGCCAUCUAUUAUUUAAAUCUCAACUGGGAUUCCAGGGAUAGUGGCGGCGUUUUAAGAAUAUUCCCAGAGCAAGCCAAAUCAGUGGCGGAUAUUGAACCAAAAUUCGAUCGCUUGAUAUUCUUUUGGUCGGAUAAACGUAAUCCACAUGAGGUACAGCCUGCCCAUAGGACACGUUAUGCCAUUACCGUCUGGUAUUUUGAUGCCAAUGAACGUGAAGCUGCCUUAAAUCGUUGUAAAAAUACACAAAAUAAUAAAAACACAAAUAGCAACAAUUCUACGUCAAACCCCUCCAACACCACAUCAUCAUCAUCGUCCUCGUCGUCUUCAGUAGCAUCUAAUAACACAAACACUUCAUCUUCCGCCGCCUCGUCCUCCUCCGCCUCCUCCAGUUCAGCAUCUGCACCUUCACAAAUAACAAAUAGCAAUGAAAGCCAUAAUUCGGCCAAUGAAUAUAACAAUACUACGCCUCAUUCGCCCACUUUAACUACAUCUUCUUCAGCACCUAACUGUGGCUCCGCUUUGUCGGGAAAUUCAGCCAUAAACAGUGUUAGACCUGUCCAAGUCGUUUUGCCCAACUGUUACAAAUAACAACCGACGUUUAUUGUCUCGGUCGAGAAGUAUGAAUAUCAUCAGCAUGGAGUGUAGAGUGUACAUUUUAUUUGAAACCAUACGCUUACAUUGUAUAUCCAAAACAAAAUGAAAAAGAAAGGGACCUAACGCAGUUCGGAGCGGAAUGAGGGACAAAACGGUGCAUUAAAGUACGCAAGUGCAAAAUGAGUCAUGGUGCCGUAGCCAUAGCAGCAGUCCCUCCGGCUUCAACAUUAGUCAGAUAUUUCUAUAUAUCAUUUAUGUGGACUAUAUUCAGAAAAUACCCAUUUAACAAAUUGGCUAAAAAUAGGCCUUUAAUUGAACUAAAAAAAUGUGACAAAUGAAAUAAUCUUCUAUAUUAGUAGAUUACCUGGGUUCUAUAAAAAACUUUCUGAUUGAUGACCAUAGCUAGAAUAACAAAGUAUUCAAGUUUCAAAAACACAACACAAUUGUGAAUUGCCUAGAUAUAGUUUUCAUUUGUAUUGUAAUUUUCAAAAAUACAUAUUCUCAACAAUGCCCUCUUGAAAUCUUGAACACAUGAACACAAAUCAUAGGACAACAAAGAAUUUAAUAAUUAUAAAUAUUUUUGUUAUUUUUGUAAAUAUCAUAAUAUGGAAACCUAAGAAUAUCUUAACAAAAGAAGAAAUAGAACACUACUAUCUAAUGUAUACUAUUUUCAAUUGUGUAUUUAUUAUAUAUACCAUGUUAGGUAUUUAGCAAAAUAUUCCCUUUUUAUUCUUUAUAUUUUGCUCAUUGAAAUAAAGAAAAGAAACAAUUUACACCAAAAUAAUCAACAUUUGUUCGUUCUACUCAUUUUAGUUCUCUUUUCUAUAAAAAAAAUAAGUACAUAAUUAUUAUACACAAUAACAAGAAAAAUAAAUUAUUUCUAACAUGUAAAUAAUAUGUAUGCAAAGUACAUUUAUUGAAUGCAAAAUAAUAAAAUGAAAUGAAAUUAAUUCAGUGAAAUA